AUGCGUUUCUCAACGCUCUCACUCGCUGUCGCCAGUCUGUGGUCAGGCUCUGCGUUGGCGCUCCCUGAUGCCUCUUUGGAGCCUUGGGAUAUUCACAGCAGCUGUGAUGCCUACAAGGCUGACAUCAAGGACGCUUUGACUCAGUCAAUUGAACUCGCCGAUGCAGCAAAGUCUUCUCUCGAAUUCGUUAUGAACAGGAUGCCCGACCAAAGAACCGAUCCUGACGAGGCCGUCAAAUGGCAGCGAAUCGCCACGCAUGUGCAGAUGGCGUUUGGCUAUAAGAUUCCUGCUAAGCCCGGUCCCGGUGAUAGGCGCUACACUGAGCGUCUUCGAGACCUCUACGCCUCAGCAGUCAACGUCCUCCCAAGCAACAAGAAUUCACCCGAAAAGGGUAACAACCCGACGCUCGCCGCGCGCCCGAACGCCAAGCCCGUCAUUAUCUGCGGCGAGUCUGCGUGGCAGUGGGUUGACGCUGACGACGAGCCGGAGCCCGGCAUGGGCAAGGUUAAGGACCAACGCAACUUCAAGCAGGACUAUGUUGGAGCCCUCUAUUUCCAAGGUCGCUUCUCGUUCCGACGUACACAGACAAAUACCUUUGGCGUGUGCUUCGGUAACCGCAAGGCUGUCAUUUCUGCGCAUGAUGACUUGAUCAUGAUUUGCGACGACAUGCUUUCCGACGCCUUCCGAGCCCGUACGUCGCCUAGAGACUUCAAGGCUUCUGUUUCUUCGGGCACUGAGCUCAAAGACGGUCUUAUUUCCUUCCACACGCAGCUGUGGCACGAGCUUUGUCAUUGGUUCGGCGGCGUGACUCCGCAGCUCGAGCACAACAUUCAGGACCACAUUGCUGUUGAUAAGAACGGGCAGGUCAUGUACCAAGGAAAGGAUGCCAGCGGCAAUAAGAUCAUCCGAAAGUAUGAUUCCCCGCAGCCUCAAUCGUAUCUUGGUCCUAGAGGAUUGAGAAAGCAGGGUGCUUACGGCAUCGAAUUGAUGAUGGAGCUUGCUAUGACGCGUAAGAGGAUUACAGGUAAUUCGGGACCUGACAAGGCUACCACCAACGCCGAUUCGAUUAUGAUCUUUUCGAUGAUGAUGUACAACGAUCAGUGGGAUUGGACAGCUUGGGGAAAAGCCCGUGAUUUCACUCGUCUUAAGCAGAAGAUGGGACUGAACCCAAUGACAUACAGCCCGUUAGAAGAGCCGCUUUCGCCACACUGGUGUACUUACUCGCCUACCCCCGUUGAUGACAGGCCGUCACCGGAUUGCUCACCUACCUCACCUGCAUCGCCAGGUUACAGCAUCACUACGCCGACAUAUGAGGGCUAUUCGCCUGUUUCACCAGUUCAUCAAAGUAUCGAGGCGCCCAGAAAAGAGAUAUUUGCCUCUAAUUGGAAAGACUACGUUGAGAAUAUUCCUCGACUGCCACCACGCCCUCGCGCUCUGACACCCAAUGGAUUCCGAGAAAACGACACUCAACAGCAGAGACAUGUUACUUCAACUCUCCAAAAAUCGUCAUGGUUUAAAAUUCCUGCUAACCUGAGACGCGAUAUUCUGGUGUUGGCGUUUGGAGGUCGACGUCUGCACAUGUGUUUGAAAUGCGAUGUACAUCCGCCAAACACUUGGUAUAGCUAUGGCAUGGCCUGUCGACAUGUCCCGGCCGGCGAAAAGGGCCCUAUGACUCGAGGCUUGCUUCAAGGUCCUUGGUCUGACGAAUGUGAUCUUCUUUACAGGAACCCCGAUCCUGAAGCGGACUUUGAGUCUGUCGGUGUUAUGGGAUGGCUUCUCUCUUGUCGGCAAAAUUAUGCCGAAACUAUUGAUAUUUUGUAUUCAAAGAAUACCAUCUUGAUGUAUGACGAGCCACUGUUGACCUAUGCUGAUCAACUGAUCCUACCUCAUCGUGCAUCCCUCAUCACCUCUCUCGAGGUGAAAUGGCAGCCGGAGUCCGCUGAGGAUUUCGGCGAGGCCUUUUUUAAUCUGUUACAACAACCACGAUUCCCAAACCUCAACCGUCUUUACAUAUCAGCACAGUUCAUAUGGCGUUAUCAUUCAAGCUGGUUUGACAAGAUGUGUAGCCACAUGGACAACCUCGUCAAAAGCAGGCCUGAUCUAACAGAGUGUGCCAUUGCGAUACCUCACCAGGCAUUUGAUGAUGUAGCGUCUGAAUAUGUCCAGAAGAAGGAUAGUUGGAAGCGAGGCACCUACAGCGAGCUUUGGUACUCGGUGGAUCGGACGGGUGGUCCGGAGGCUAUAAGACUUCCGUAUGUCAACAGCUACCCACAUCCCCCGUUUCAUUUGGGGCCAAAUCCUGGGGCUGGAUGGUGGCUUCUGGAAGGUACUGAUGCGCCGCUAUCUUGGAGAUGGCCAUCGAGCCCUCUUUAUUACGGUAGUCCUGGAUGGGAGGAUUGGGAAGGAUAUCGGAGUAACUGA